AUGUACAAUGGCCCGAGUCUCUCCGGGAACAGGGCAGGGCUUCUCUUCCUCGUCGUGGUCAUCCUCGCGUUCACCGAAGGCGGGCUAUGGGUCGCACGGAAGAGGAUGAACACGAGUUUUCCGGACAACUCACUCAUUCCCAGCGCGUCCAGUCUGAUGUCCUUUGGAAAGGGUCGCGCACGGCCAGAGAUCACAGAGCACCCGAUACCAAGGCUCAUGGCUGAAGCCGAGACAAAAUAUCGGGACUUGCUGGCAAAGCAGAGCAAAACCCUCGCGGAGGCUGUCGCAGAGUACAAGCGACGGUACGGGAGGAACCCACCGCAGGGGUUCGACGACUGGUGGCGGUUCACGCAGGAGAACCACGUCGUUAUGAUUGACGAGUAUGAUAACAUCAACGAGGACUUGACACCAUUCUGGACACUCUCGGGCGAGCAGAUGAGGGAGAGGGCGUUCUUGGCAGGAAACCUGCCGUCUAUCGACCUGGUCAGGCUCAGGAGUGGCCAGGCUACUGCCGUAAACAUCAGAGAUGGUCCUGCCUCCUCAGCAGUCAGUGCACGCGCGCGAGGCUUCCUACAGAUCAUUGAAAAGUUUCAAGACAAACUUCCAGACUUGGACUUUCCAAUCAAUGCCAUGGCCGAGGGCCGCAUCCUCGUUCCGUGGGAGCAGCGCGCACGUCCGAAUCUUACAUCGGGCUCAGAUGUCGUCCAGGCUGAAUUGAGUGGCAUGUACUCGCCCGACUGGCGUGGCGAAGGCAACGUCUGGGAGGCAUACCGCCGCACCUGCGACCCCGGCACGCCCGCGCGCCGUCUCUUCAGCUCCUUCCGCGCGUCGUCGACCAACCGCGCGAGCCAGCUCACCGCGAGCACGCAGGAGUUCGUCUUCGCGCCGGACGUGAGCCGGAACUACUCGUUCUGCGAGAACCCGUGGGCGCACUACGACCAGGGCCACUUCUUCUCCGACUGGCGCACCAUCCCCGUGCUCUUCCCCGUGUUCUCGCCCGCACAGGCCCCGGGGUACUCAGACAUCCGGAUCCCGAGCCAUUACUACUACGGGCAGACGAGACGGUAUACGUAUGGCUACGACCCUGUGAACCUGGAGCUCAAGGAAGUGGACGGGAUGGAGACGCCUUGGGAAAUGAAGAGCGACAAUAUUUUCUGGCGCGGCGCGUCCACUGGUGGCGGUAGCUCGCCACCGGGCUUCGCCGCUCAAUACCAGCGUCACAGACUCGUGCGCAUGGCGAGUGACAAGUCCGACACGACCCGAACGCUCGUCUUCGCGGAUCCGCCAGGGUCGACGCACUACGUCUACGCGGAGGUGCCCACGGCGGAGCUCAACGACGAGAUCAUGGACGUCGCGUUCGUGAAGGUCGUCGACUGGUACAACUUCCCCGGUGGGCUCGACGCCCUGAUCGCCGCCCACCGGUUUGACGACGGCGGUGUGAGCCUCGGCAACCACUGGCGGCACAAGUACCUCAUCGACGUCGACGGUAUGGGCUACUCGGGCAGAUUUUUCGGGUUCUUGGAGUCGGACAGUGCGGUGGUCAAGUCGACCGUCUACCGCGAGUUCUACUCCGAUUGGAUUCAGCCUUGGCUGCACUUCAUCCCCCUCUCUCCGUCCUACCAGGAGAUCUACAAUAUCCACGCGUUCUUCUCGGGUGCAUCCCCGUCCGCUCUACAGGCUGUCAACUCGACCGCGCUCGGCGCCCCUCCGGCGCUGCGUCGUCCAAUUGACGGCGACCGCCGACUGAGGCGCAUCGCGCGGGCAGGCAAGCAGUGGAAGCGCACCGUCGGGCGGCACGUGGACAUGGAAGCGUAUGUGUAUAGAUUGUGUUUGGAGUAUGCAAGGUUGUUGGCGGACGAUCGGGGUUCGAUGGACUUUGAACUAUAG